AUGGUCGGACGGUCUAAUACGUUGAUCCUCUAUAAAGGAUACACGUUCUCGAAGGUUUCCACGCUCCACAAUAAUACUACGAAAUAUUAUUGUUCGAGUUCCCGUCGUGGCGGCUGCAAAGUAGUUCUCCGCAUCAACAACGACGACAAUAGCGUCAUCGGCAUGUCCUCGAAACAUAAUCACCCGGCACCUGUAUUGCGGAAAAUGGAAACCGCACACUUCUGUAGAAAGCCCAAUGGGUGCACACAGCUUCUCUACGAUGGAUACAUUUUCAAUAGAAAACAAGAAAUGCGAAACGAAAGAUGGCGCUACUCGUGUUCAAAAUUGCCUUCAACCAGAUGCAGGGCUGUCGUCCAUUUAGACAAGGAAAACAUGAUAAUCAAACUGAUUGGCACAUUCAUCACUCUAACCACUGGUCAAACAAUAUUGAUGCACAACGACUAUACUUACACGAGACGCCACGUCCUCACCGACAAGAGGUCCUACUUCUACUGCACAGCAGCGAAGAAGGAGGGCUGCAAAGUGUCUUUGAACCUCAACCCCGAUAAUACGAUUAGCUGUAUUAAAAAUAGACACACGCAUUUGCCACGAAGGAUGAUUGAGACACAAAAAUCACCCUGGUUUCCGGCAAGAAAUUCCUGA